GCUAUGGAUUUAAAGCGUAGAGGACUUGAAAUGGGCGGUCUGCUGGCGGUGUUGCUGCUGAGGAGUUGCCUGCUGUCGGCGGUUCACGAGGCAGUGUGUCUUAAUGCUGUGGGAUUACAGUAGGCAUGGUUGUGCCAAACCACAGCGUAGCAGGUCUGCCAUCCUGCCAGCCCAAAACCACAAGCUUCCCCAGAGGCACUGUGGCAGCUGCUGUGACAGCUACUGCCUCCAACAGUGGGAGGACACCAUCUCUUGAGUUACCGAGCUGCACUCACAUACAGACACAGAGCUCACCUCUCCUCCUCUUUGCCAACCGGCGUGAUGUACGAUUGGUAGAUGCAGAGGGUGUGCGGGGUGAGUCGGCCAUUGUUGUUAGUGACCUAGAGGAUGCAGCAGCGGUGGACUUCCUGUACGCCGAGGGCCUUAUAUUUUGGACAGAUGUCAGUGAGGAGGCCAUCAAACAGACCCACUGGAAUCAGUCAUCCAACUCCCUUAAAGAGGCACUGGGAACUGGCCAGACCGUGGUGGUAUCAGGACUGGACAGUCCUGAUGGGCUGGCCUGUGACUGGUUGGGUAGAAAGCUAUACUGGACAGACUCGGAGACCAAUCGGAUUGAAGUGGCCAACCUAGAUGGCACUUCCAGGAAGGUCCUGUUUUGGAUGGACUUGGACCAGCCCAGGGCUGUCGCUCUCAACCCCGCUCAACACUACAUGUACUGGACCGACUGGGGAGAGGAACCCAGGAUAGAGCGUGCUGGCAUGGAUGGCAGCAACAGGAAAGUGAUAGUGAAUGUCGACAUAUACUGGCCCAACGGUCUGACCAUAGACCUGGUGGAACAGAAGCUGUAUUGGGCCGAUGCUAAACUCAGCUUCAUUCACAGAGCUAACCUGGAUGGAUCAGCACGUGAAACAGUGGUGGAGGGCACCCUCACCCAUCCUUUUGCACUAACACUGUCUGAGGAGACCUUAUACUGGACUGACUGGCAGACCCGCUCCAUCCACGCCUGUAAUAAACACAGCGGAGACAAAGCCAGAGAGAUCCUCAGUGGUAUUUACUCUCCUAUGGACAUCCAGGUUCUGGAGCCCUAUCGACAGCCUUACAUCCAGACUCCCUGUAGUGACAAUAAUGGAGGCUGUAGUCAUCUGUGCCUACUCUCUCCAGUCCAACCUUUCUACAGCUGUGCCUGUCCCACUGGUGUCCAGCUUAAACCAGAUGGAAAGACAUGCAAGCCAGGGGCCGAGCAGGUUUUGCUGCUGGCCCGACGGACUGACCUGCGGAGAAUCUCACUUGACCUGCCAGACUUCACUGACAUAGUCCUACAGGUUGAUGAAAUUCGCCAUGCCAUUGCUAUAGACUAUGACCCGGUUGAGGGUUAUGUCUAUUGGACAGAUGAUGAGGUUCGAGCCAUCCGGCGAUCCCACAUUGACGGCAGCAAUGCUACGAUGCUGGUUACCACGGAGAUCAAUCAUCCAGAUGGCAUUGCUGUGGACUGGGUGGCCAGGAACCUGUACUGGACAGACACUGGCAUUGACCGGAUUGAGGUUACCAGGCUGAAUGGAACAUCUCGGAAAAUUUUGAUUUCUGAGAAUCUGGAUGAACCCAGGGCCAUUGUCCUGGACCCUGUUAAUGGCUACAUGUACUGGACUGACUGGGGCGAACAUCCCAAGAUUGAGCGGGCCAACCUAGAUGGAACGGACCGGGUGGUUCUGCUCAACAGCUCUCUGGGCUGGCCCAAUGGACUGGCAAUAGAUUAUGCAGCGGGAAAACUAUACUGGGGUGAUGCUAAAACUGACAAGAUAGAGGUGAUCAACGUGGAUGGCAGUAACAGACAGACUCUGCUAGAGGACAAGCUGCCUCAUAUUUUUGGCUUCACUCUGCUGGGUGAUUACAUCUACUGGACUGACUGGCAGAGACGCAGCAUCGAGAGGGUCCACAAAGCCACAGCUGUACGAGAGAUCAUCAUCGAUCAGCUGCCAGAUUUGAUGGGGCUGAAGGCCACUAAAGUGACAGAGACCUAUGGUACAAAUGGCUGUGCAGUGGAUAACGGUGGAUGCAGCCAUCUGUGUUUCUGGCGUCGGCAGGCUGUCAGCUGUGCCUGUCCCAUGGGGAUGGAGCUCCUCUCAGACCUGCUGACCUGUGUGGUGCCUGAGGCCUUCCUGCUCUUCACCAACAGGGACAACAUCAGGAGUAUCUCUUUGGGUACCAACAGCAACGACGUGGCCAUUCCUCUGACGGGGGUUAAAGAGGCCUCAGCUCUCGACUUUGAUGUAUUUGAGAGGAGAAUAUAUUGGACAGACAUACAGGCCAAGACAAUCAGCAGAGCAUAUAUGAAUGGUAGCUCAGUGGAACAUGUCAUAGAGUUUGGACUGGACUACCCAGAAGGCAUGGCAGUUGACUGGAUGGGUCGUAACAUCUACUGGGCCGAUACAGGCACCAACCGCAUCGAGGUGGCUCGGCUGGACGGCCAGUACCGGCAGGUUCUGGUCUGCAAGGAUCUUGACAACCCGCGCUCGCUGGACAACCCACGAUCGCUAGCACUGGACCCAGCCAAUGGCUACAUGUACUGGACAGAGUGGGGUGGCCGACCUCGUAUAGCCAGAGCCUACAUGGAUGGCAGCACCAUCAUGACACUGGUGGAUAAAGUGGGCCGGGCCAACGGACUGACCAUUGACUAUGUGGACCAUCGCCUAUACUGGACCGACCUGGACACAUGUAUGAUCGAAAGCACCAACAUGCAAGGCCUUCAGAGGGAGAUCAUAGUAGACGACCUCCCUCACCCCUUCGGUCUGACUCAGUACCGCGAUUUUAUCUACUGGACAGACUUUAACCUGCGCAGUAUUGAACGGGCAGACAAACGGAGUGGACUGAACCGCACUGUGGUGCUGCAGGGUCAGCUGGAGCUGAUGCUGGACAUCCUGGUGUUCCACUCCUCCCGUCAGGAUGGAACCAACGAGUGCUCCCAUAACAACGGCAACUGUGCCCACCUCUGCCUGGCCACUCCCGCUGGUGCCCAGUGCCGUUGUGCCUCCCACUACACCCUGAACCCUGAUGGACGAAACUGUAGCUCUCCCUCUAGUUUCCUGCUCUUCAGUCAAAAGGCCAGUAUUAGCAGGAUGGUUUUGGGAGAGCAGAGUCCUGACAUCAUCCUGCCCAUCCACGUACUGCGGAACGUCCGAGCCGUCAGCUACGACCCGCUGGACCGGCUGGUCUACUGGCUGGACGGACGACAGAAUAUACGCAGGGCCAGAGAUGACGGAGCCAUGUCCAUGAUAGUGAGCAGCACUGUUCAGCCAGUGGACAACCAGCUUCAUGACCUGAGCCUGGACCCCUACAGCCGCCACAUUUACUGGACCUGCGAGACAACCAACACCAUCAAUGUCCAGAGGAUGGACGGACACACCGUGGGUGUCGUCCUGAAGGACGACACCGACAAGCCCCGGGCCAUCGUGGUCAAUGCUGAAAAAGGGUACAUGUAUUUCACCACAAUGCAGGAGCGCUCAGCUAAGAUCGAAGGAGCCAGUCUGGACGGGACAGAGAGAGAAUCUCUGUUCACCACUGGUCUGAUUAGACCAGUGGCUCUGGCUCUGGACAAUAAACUUGGAAAACUGUUCUGGGUCGACGCUGACCUCAAACGCAUUGAGAGCAGCGACCUGACAGGAGCCAAUCGCAUCGUCCUCCAGGAUUCCAACAUUCUCCAGCCAAUGGGGCUGACCGUUCUGGGAGAUCAUCUGUACUGGAUCGACCGGCAGCAGCAGAUGAUCGAGAGGGUGGACAAACUGACCGGAGACGGGCGCACGCGCAUACAGGGACGGAUAUCAUACCUGACCUCCAUCCACGCCGUGGAAGAGAUGGACCCACAGGAGUUUGCAUCCCACCCUUGUUCCCGUGACAACGGAGGUUGCUCUCAUAUCUGCAUUGCUAAGGGUGAUGGUACACCUCGCUGCUCCUGUCCCAUGCACCUGGUGUUACUGCAGGACCUGCUGCGCUGUGGAGAGCCUCCCACCUGCUCCACAGAGCAGUUCACCUGCUCCACAGGGGAGAUCGACUGUAUUCCCAUGGCCUGGCGUUGUGAUGGCUUCUCUGAAUGUGAAGACGGCAGUGAUGAGGAGAACUGCCCUGUCUGCUCAGCCUUCCAGUUCCAGUGCGAUAAGGGAGGCUGCAUUGAUGCUCAAAGGCGCUGCAAUGGUGAACCUGACUGUGCUGAUAACUCUGAUGAGCAGGACUGUGAAACUAUCUGCCCUCCUAACCAGUUCCGCUGUGGUGACAACCAGUGUAUCACUAAGAAACAACAGUGUGACAAUUACUCUGACUGUCCCGACGGAUCAGAUGAGCUUGCCUGUGAGUAUGUGUCUCCUCCCUCCAGUGGCAUCCCCAACACUGGGCCCAACACCAUCGGUCCAGUCAUUGCCAUCAUUCUGCUUGUUUUUGUGAUCGGGGGAGCUUAUUUUGUCUGCCAGCGUGUGGUUUGUCGGCGCUACAAGGGCCCCAGUGGGACUUUUCCUCACGAGUACAUCAGUGGUACGCCACAUGUGCCCCUCAACUUCAUUGCCCCGAGUAGCUCCCAGCAUGGCACCUUCCAAGGUAUUUCCUGUGGGAAGUCCAUGAUGAGUUCAGUCAGCCUGAUGGGCAGCAGCAGCAGUGGGGCUCCUCUCUAUGACAGGAACCAUGUGACUGGAGCCUCAUCCAGCAGCUCAUCAUCUACAAAGGGAGCCUUCUACCCUCAGAUCUUGAACCCUCCUCCAUCCCCGGCUACUGACCGCUCUCUCUACAACACAGAAAUCUUCUACUCCUCAAACAGUCCAUCCACCACAAGAUCUUACAGACCCUACCACCCGGUCCGUGGCGCUGCCCCACCUACUACACCCUGCAGCACCGAUGUUUGCGACAGUGACUACACCCCCCACCACCUGCCGGCUGGGCUGGCGUCGUCCGCGGGCCGCUGGAAGGCGGCGGGCCAUGGCAGCCACGGCAAACACAACAAGUACUACAUGGACCUUAACUCGGACUCGGACCCAUACCCUCCGCCCCCCACUCCCCGCUCCCAGUACCUGUCAGCUGAGGAGAGCUGCCCCCCGUCCCCCUCCACCGAGCGCUCCUACUUCCACCUGUGCCCCCCUCCUCCCUCACCCUGCACCGACUCCUCGUGACCCUCCAACAGCCCGAGAGCCCUGUGAGGAAGGAAAGGACAAAGUAUGCUUGCCUCACCCAGAACUGGCCUUGUCUGGCCCACUUUACCAGGGAAAGAACUCCUAUGCCAACUUCCAGCCCUGACCGGCUCACACAUGCUGCUUUCUAUCAGUUGGUCAUGCUCAAGUGCCUUGUUCAAGGUUCCUAUGUCCCACAUUGGUCAUUUCAUCAUUCCAGUCGUCCUGGAGCUUUCAGGGUGACCCAUCAUCUGAUCAGGUCUAUUUCUGUCCUCCAUGUGUCCUGCUCUAACAUUCACUUACGUGUGGCAGGUUGAAGGUUUGAGGCCCCUCCUGCAUAUCUGCCGGACACAAAAAGAGAUGAUGAGUGAGUACAGCCAGCAGCUCCCUCUUUAAUUUUCAUUCCAUCAGAAGAAGAAAACUUCCUUUGCUGGGCCAAUUCUUGAUCGGAAAAUUUUGAGACUUCCAUCUGUCCAAAAAUGAGCCUAGCCCCUGGCCUCCCCUCAACUCACUGACUGAGAGAGUCACCAGUAUGGACUGGGGUUGUGUGAAAACCACGAGUCUAGUGCCACAAGUUAUUCGUUAAUUCACUGAAGCUAAGGCAUGGAAGGCAUGCCCCCCUCCCUCCUAGCAUCCUGCCAUUUGUCUCGUCCUUCCUCACAGCGUCCUUGUUGGCAGACCAGCGGCAGGACUGUAUAUAGUGUUAAAAUAAUAUGGACAAAAAUAGAUCAGAGAGGAAUUAUUUUACUAUUUUAUUCACGCUGGCUGAUCCACCGCUCCACAGAAAACAAAGGACAGAUAGAUGAUCGGAUGUGUGCAUGAGUGAUUGAGGGAAUGAUGAAUGACUGGACAGCUGUGUGCAUGAGCGUAUGUGAAUGUUUUGCUUGUUGCAGGAAAUUAGAUACAUUUAUAGAUGAUGACUGAAUGAAUGUGUAGAAUUAUGAAUGAAUGAGUGGAUGGAUGGAACAGGGCCAAGAUCAAAGUGUGAAAUCUUUUGUACAUUAUUUUGAAAUUGUGUCCCUCACAUUUCAAAUUGGGAAUUAUUUGUAGUUGACCAUGGGGCCUUUUUAAGUGGUAGAGCUUACACCAAUAGACUAAGAGACAAGGACAAAUCUGCCAACAGUCCCUUCUUUCUCCCAUGAAGUCACUACGUGACACCAAUAUACCAAAUGAAUAUCAACAUGUAAAGCUAUUGUACAUAUGUGUAAUGAAGUCAAUGAAUGAGUUGUGACAAGAGGAUGCUUUUCUUUGUGAAUCGGAACCUCUUCCAUCACUGUUUCUUUACUGUCAUCAUCCCGUUUACCAAAAGUAUGUUUGCUGCUAUUGUGUACAAACUAUAUCCAUUACUAUGACAUAUAAUUACACAGAAAGCCCAAAAUUACCACUCUCAUACUGACAGUAGAUCAUGAAGCUAUUUACAAUUAAUAACAAAUUAUUCUUAUAGCGACCUCUGUUAUUUGUAUUUCUGUUUGUGUGUAGAUUAUUAUGUAUGUUUCUAUGUUGGUGACCAUGUUUGGUUUGAAGGAGUCUUUUUGGAAAUUGAAAAGUGAAAGCUUGAAAGAGUUCCAGCUGAGACAUUUUACACUGAGUGGUUCAAGAAAAAGGUUUCAGUAUGCCUCAGAUAAAUCUGCCUCGAUCUUUCUCCAAGAACUCAGUGUCUUUUGCGUGUUUUUGGAGUUUUGAAUCACACGAGGCAAGAAGUACAAACACCGCCUGCUUUUACACCUCCACACACCUGGCCAAUCACUGCGUAAAGUGACUCUGUUGGACAGUUGGUUGGAAGCAUC